GCUAUCACACUUCUAAAUAAUGUUGAUCUUAAUGUUGAUGAUUACACUAUCAGAAUCCGUAUUGUUCGGCUAUGGACAAGACCUUCUUUCAACAAUCCUAGGAAGGUUUAUUGCUACGACAUGAUAUUCAUGGACCAGGAGGGCACCAAAAUGCAGGCUUUCGUUUUACAAAAAAACACUACUGUUUACGAGCAUUUGCUGAAAGAAAAUCAGUGUUUAACUAUUCGUAAUCCUUCUCUUGGAGAAAACCGUCAGAAAGUGAAAUACGUUCAUAGUUUGUUCAAGAUAAAUCUAAAUGAGACCACCAUUGUCGAGCAAUCUGCCGAACCUGUUGGUGCUGAAUGGGGAUUUGAUUUUUCUCCAUUUGAGUCUGUUGUUGAAGACCCUGAUAAUGACGGCAAGUCAUUCAAAAGCCCUAUUGACGUUAUCGGUUUUGUGGUUAAGUGUCUUCCGUCAGAGGAGAAGACUGAAAAUAAUAACGGGAAAGAUGAGAAGAAGGCUACCUUUAUUCUGGAGGAUUUGCAACACCAGCAGAUUUACGUUACUCUAUGGGGGGUUUAUGCUGAUCAGAUUAUUGAAUUUCAAAGAAAACAUAAGGAUGAAAAAAAUGUUGUUGUGGUUGUUCAGUUUGGCAAGUACCGUUUUUGGGGAGGAAAUUUGUUUGUAUCCAAUUUGUAUACUGUAACUCGAGUGUUCAUAAACACUGAAAUUCCCGAGAUUUUGGAAUUUAAAAGAAGUUUCCUUGCUCAGCUGAAUACGUCAACGUCUUCCGGUUACUCUGGUUUGAGUUUCCCUGUUAUGAAGUCAAUGGCUGAGGAGUUUCUUUCUGAUAUUUCCUUUAGUACAAUUGGAGCAUUAAGCGGAAUAUCAGAAGAAAAGUUUGUUAUUAUACUGGGAACAAUUAAAAGCUUUGCUUCAGAAGACUCAUGGUUUUACAAUGCAUGUAAAACUUGCAACAAAAAGGUUUUCACCAACACUAUUUCCAAGGCCAAGGAAGAUGGUAGCGAAGGAUACGAUGAAGUAACUGUCUUGGAAUGCCAAACUGAUCGUUGCAAUAAAAGGACUGUUGUCUCUGUUCCCAGGAUAAAACUUCCUAUUCGUGUUCAGGAUUGUACCGGGAUUGUUACUUUGACGUUGUUUGAACGUGAAGUUGUUAAACUCCUAAAUGUUAACGCAAACCAACUUUUGGAUAAUAACAUGGAGUUAGCAAGCGAAGGCAACUUUCCGAGUGGGCUGAAGGCAUUGAUAAACAAGAGGUUUGCGUUUAAGAUAGCCAUAGGUUCGUUUAAUAUACAAAAGAAAUCAGAUGGCUACUCUGUUUCCAAGUUGACUGAAAAUCCUUCUAUCAUCAAAGAUCUUGAUACUCAUUUUGAUGUUUACCAGGCUGCUGAUGAAGAACCUUUAGAUCCUGUUGCUUCUGAUCCAAAUCCAAUUGUUAACGUUAACAUCCGGGAUUCUGUUUCCCGUGUCGUUGAUGAAGACACUCCCAUGUCCAAUUUGAACAACAGCAUCUUUACUACACCAUCUGGCGCUCAUAAUAGUUGUUCUUCAAAGAUGCUGGACAAUGAGCUGAAGCGAAAUUUGGAGGCGGUUUAUGAUGUGGAUCUUUGUUCUUCUCAGUCUUCAACUAAACCGCGUCAGGGUGAUUGUGAGAACAAUGAAGGUUUGAAGAUGAAAGCAAAGCUGGAAAAUUAGUAUUAACAUUUAACAGUCAUUUCAGUUUUUUCGAACAAUUUGACAUGUUUUAUUUUGGUUUGUUUAUUUCGUAACAUUUAUUUCAGUACUUGAUGUUUGGUUUCAUAUGGAUAUUUCGUUUAUUAUCGUGGUAUUAAAAGAUGAU